AUGAGCAAGAGACGAAAUCCGAACUUUACAGAUGCUGAACUACAGACUCUCCUGGACGAAGUUGAAAAGAAUAAGACUUUGCUUUAUAGUAAGCUUUCGAAUGUUUCAACUAAUGGUGCUAAGAAGAAGGCUUGGGAUUCCAUCUGCAGUAAAGUAAAUGCAACCAACACCGACCACAAGAGAACCGUAGAUGAAAUUAGAAAGAAAUGGAGCACGUACACGAGUAAUGCUAAAAUGCAGGCUGCCCGAAUACGCAGAGAAUCCAGGAAAACUGGCGAUGGACCGCCUCCUGAAGAGCUGACUCCCUUGCAAGAUAAAGUUGUAGGAAUUAUAGACAACACCCCCAUAGACGGAAUAGAAUGAGGUAUUGACACAUGUCCUGGCAUGGAAAUGGACGGAGCCUCCGUCGAAGAACCUACCCAGACAAGAGAUUCUAACUCUUCAAAUGAAAAUGACAUGUCCUACUGUUCACUUAGUGAAGCAAGGUGUACAAAAGAAAAAUUUUGUGGCAAUUCGUUUUCUUCUGGUGCUUCAUCUGCCAAAUCUUCAAAUGGGAAAUAUAGUGAACCAUCACCAGAGGACUGUAAGUUGAUAGAAAUAGAAAGUGAAAGGUUGAAGGUUGAAAAGGAACGUCUCCAUGUUGAAAAACAGCGACUACACAUAGAACAGCUUAGACUAGAAAUCGACCAACAAAGGCUAGUGACUGAACAACAAAAGCAUCAACUAUAUAUGGCAAAGCUCAACAUUAGCAUGACACAAAUGGGUGUACAUGUAGCAGAUACACCAUCAACCAGUGUAGAAAAAGACAAUCUAUCAAGCUAA